GCUUCUUUCAGCAGCGGCAACAGUUAGUCCCCCACCUCGGUAGCUUGCUAGCCAAAAUAGCCGAACCAAUAAAGCUCUUUAGACGCUUUAGUGUAUAUUAGCCACUGUAUUUUAAACCAUUGUCUGUCGUCUAGUUAGUUAGUUAUCCUAUUUCAUUUCAUAUUUACGGUGUUGUUAUUAUUCAGCUGGCGGGCUGGUUAAGUUAGCAUUAGCCUAGCUAGCUAACAUCUCCGACCAUGAGUUCACUAAAUUACUCUCUUCCUGCUGAAGAAGAGACGGUCUGCUGGACGGAGAAAGAAGCUCUCAUCAAAGAGGAGGAGGAAGAGAAGGAUGUUACAAUACAAAAACAAGUAGAGGGUGAGGCUGUUACAGGGAAAGAAGAAGAUAAAGACGUUUCAGUGAAAGAAGAGGAAGACGUUACAGUGAAAGAAGAGGCGUUCAGAGUGAAAGAGGAGGAGGGUGUUACAGUAAAAGAUGAGGAGGAUUCAGUUUUUGAAGUGAAAGCGGAGGAUGGGGAGUUUACGGUCUCAUCGGAAGAAGAGGAGGAGGAAACUGGAUAUCUGGGCCCGAUUUCCCAAACGCAAUUUAAGGCAUCCAGUGGUUCUAAAGAUGAACUUAGCCAUAAGAUGGUUUUGAGAAACCGGGCCGUGAUUACCACUGGAGAGAUACGGGACAGUCGUGGAUCCUCUGGGGAGCAUCAACAACCUCAUGAUGCUGACGAGGCAGAGAAGAGUCUCUCCAGAUCAGAACACCUCAAUAAACACCUGCAGAGAUCCACAGGGAAGAGAACUCACUGCUGCUCUGACUGUGGGAAGAGAUUCUCCUCCUCAUCAGGCAUUACAAUUCAUCAACGGAUCCACACAGGAGAGAAACAUUAUAGCUGUGAUCAAUGUGGGAAGAGUUUUACUACAUUUGACUCUCUGACAGUACACCAGAAAAUACACACAGGAGAGAAACCUUAUAGCUGUGUUCAAUGUGGGAAGAGUUUUACUGCAUCUAGCAAUCUGACUACACACCAGAGAACACACACAGGAGAGAAACCUUAUAGCUGUGAUCAAUGUGGGAAGAGUUUUACUACAUCUAGCUAUCUGACAGUACACCAGAGACUACACACAGGAGAGAAACCUUAUAGCUGUGUUCACUGUGGGAAGAGUUUUACUGCAUCUAGCAAUCUGACAGUACACCAGAGAACACACACAGGAGAGAAACCUUAUAGCUGUGAUCAAUGUGGGAAGAGUUUUGUUACAUCUAGAAAUCUGACUAUACACCAGAGAACACACACAGGAGAGAAACUAUAUAUUUGUGAUGAAUGUGGGAAGAGUUUUACAACUUCUGGCUAUCUGACAGUGCACCAGAGAAGACACACAGGAGAUAAACCUUAUAGCUGUGGUCAAUGUGGGAAGAGUUUUUGUCAAUCUAGUGAUCUGACAGUGCACCAGAGAACACACACAGGAGAGAAAUCGUAUAACUGUGAUCAAUGUGGGAAGAGUUUUACUACAUCUGGCUCUCUGACUUUACACCAGAGAACACACACAGGAGAGAAACCUUAUAGCUGUGGUCAAUGUGGGAAGAGUUUUUGUCAAUCUAGUGAUCUGACAGUGCACCAGAGAACACACACAGGAGAGAAAACGUAUAGCUGUGAUCAAUGUGGGAAGAGUUUUACUACAUCUGGCUCUCUGACUCUACACCAGAGAACACACACAGGAGAGAAAUCUUAUAGCUGUAUUCAAUGUGUGAAGAGUUUUGUUACAUCUGGGCAGCUGAAUGUACACCAGAGAACACACACAUAAUAGAAAUCUUAUAGCUGUGAUCAAUGUGGGAAGAGUUUUACUCAGUCAAACAACACCAGAGAACACACACAGGAGAGAAACCACUUAGCUGUGACCAGAGGGAAGCUGAUAAAAGAUCUCUGGCUAAACAUCAAAAAAUACAUGAAGCAGUUGUUUCAUGAUAUCAAUUAAUUAAUUUAACAUUAUAAUAUAACAUAAUAUAAUAAUAUGUUAUAUAAUAAUAUAACAUAGUAGGAGUAUUUUAAUGAUGUCACAAUGUAGAACCCUAAACGUUUGUCCCCUGUUCUAUUGAUUUCAACAUGAUAUGGAUAUUAGCCUCAGGGGGAAAAUCCAGGCUCUGAAUUGGAAGAGUACUAUUUAUGUGAUUUAGUAAGUACACAUUAUUCCCAGAUUCCGUGUGGGUGUUUGAGCUGCUAGUUUUAACAGGACGGGCAACCUCAUCGCCCUCCUGUCGCACAAAUGAUUUUAGCAUAAUAUCGAUGAGUUAUGACAAAUUAGUGUUGCGUUCCUUUGUUUAGCGACCCCUACAUUUAAAUGCAUUCCAACAGCACGUACAACCUGAUUUUCCCUCUAAUUGAUAUCAGUGAUUUAUUGCUACUUGUCAAAACAACAGCGUUUCUGGUGCUUGUGCAGUUUAUAAGGAGGUUGUUUAAAAAAAUACAAGAAAUAUGAAUAUUGUGGCAGAUGUUUGUGUAAAUAGCACAUGUUAUGUUUAGGUUUUCAAUUCAUCCCAAACUGUUUCUGCAUAUUGGUUAUUGUUUUGGACACGUUAAAACUGUGUUUUGACAUUGAGGCUAUCCCACCUAGCACAAUGUAAUUGAAAAGUCAUUGAAAAUAAGACUAUGCAAUCAAAUAUUUUUUUCAAACAUUUUUUAUUAUACCAUGCCUUACCAUUAAGUGAAUUAUUGACAAUACAUAUUAACAAAGGGGUGUACAUUUGGCUUUGGUAAUUCAUGUUUACAAUUCAUGUAACUUUUAGUAAUCAUAAUUGUUUAUGCAAUCAACUGACAAUUUUCGGGUAUAAAUAUAUUGACAUUGUUGCCCUUCUUUUAGAAUAGCAGGGUUCAUUCUCAGAUGUGCCAACCCAAAUGUACUAGAGCAGGGGUGUCAAACUCAUUCCACGGAGGGCCUAGUGUCUGCAGGUUUUUGGUUUUUCCUUUCAAUAAAGCCCUAGACAACCAGGUGUGGGGAGUUCCUAACUAAUUAGUGAUGUUAAUUCAUCAAUCAAGUAUAAGGGAGGAGCGAAAACCCGCAGACACUCGGCCCCCCGUGGAAUGAGUUUGACACCUGUGUACUAGAGCAUGACAUUGGGGACUGGGCCCCGAUCCAACAACAUGCCUAUCGAGUGAUCCCUGUAAAGAGAGAAGCUUCGCAGUGAGGUGGAAAGUUACUACGGAUAUUGCAGGAGUUUCCUCUUGAAAUCAGACAUGUCUGUUGUAAGGACAACUUGGUUGCUGAUUGUCUCAAUAGUUAAAAAGAUUUGUGUUUUGCGUUUAGCCAGUGCGUUGCCAUGGAUCACAAUUUAUUUUGACUGCACGUUUUUCUGUAUUGGAGAUGAGUUUUGUUUGGGCUCAUGAAGCAUUGUAGUUGAUAAUGUGAAAUGGAAAUUGUUUUCUGUUGUCCAACAAAAAUAUAGGAUAUAUUUUUUCUCUUAAGGUGUUACAGUCUUUGGUUUUUCCAUUUAUGUUUUGAGGUUGGAUUUCAGCACGUAUAGCUCAUUAGCAUGUAGGACGCACUGAUUGGUGUCACCUCGUUAGUCAGUAUGUGUUUCACCUGUACUGGCUUGUCCAUCUCGUUAGUGGGAAGGUGUUUCACCUGAGCUGGUCCAGGUUCUAUUUAAGAGUGUCUGGCCCAGUGCUCCAGUUGUCUUGAUAGAUGUGGAGAGUCAACACCUUUAGUUGCUCCACCUUUUUGGUUUGCUUCCUGUCUAUAAGUUUGGUGUGGGUUUUUCUUUUGUUUGCCUCUUCUUGGGCAGAUUUAGUGGGUCUCAUGGUUGGUGUCUUUUAGGUCCAAGUUGUUGUUACUAGUCAACUUUCAGUGGACACCCCCAUAGUGACUUUCAGAGCCCAUCCUAAAAAACAAGCUUAUAUUUUUGGAUUGGAAAUUUUAAUAUUUUAAUCAAUGGCAUUUCCUUAGGAUGCUCAUUAGUCUUUAAGUUGGUAUUAUUGUUUUUUAUCCUCUUAUGUUUGUGUACUAAAUAUUCCUGUUUAUUUUCAUUGUUUUCUCCUGAGAAGCCAUUGUGUUGCAUGUCUGAAAUGUGCUGUAUAAAUAAAGCUUGAUUUGAUUUC